AGUCCCUUCAUCUAAUUAACAUAUAUACAUAUAGUUAUAUCCAUUAAGAAAAAAUGAAGUUCAAGUCUAUUAAUUUCUUAACGCUUCUAUUUGUAGCAAUCAUUUUCAUAGCCGUGAUUGCUAAGGCUGAAGAAGAGAAGAGUGUAGAAGCCUCUGAGAUGCAUAACACCAAUAUUUUGGGUCGUCGUGGAGGAUAUGUUAAUUUUGAUGACAAAUGGGGCCAAGGACAUGGCCAUCAUCAUGGAUGUGGAAAAAAAAAUUGCGGUCAAUCUGGUGGAUAUGGUGGACAACAUGGGGGUGCUCAACCUGGUGGGGGUGGUGACCAAUCCGGUGGAGAUAGUGGUCAACAAGGGGGUGCUCAACCGGGUGGAGGGGGUGAUCAAUCUGGUGGAGGCAGUGAUCAACAUGGUGGCGCUCAACCGGGUGGUGGAGAUCAACAAGGUGGAGAUGUGGGUCAAUCAGGUGGAGGUGGUGGUCAACACGGUGGAUAUGGUGGACAACAUGGGGGUGCUCAACCUGGUGGAGGUGGUGACCAAUUCGGUGGAGGCAGCGGUCAACAAGGAGGUGCUCAACAAGGUGGAGGGGGUGACCAAUCUGGUGGAGCCACUGAUCAACAUGGUGGCGCUCAACCAGGUGAUGGAGGUCAACAAGGUGGAUAUGGUGGACAAGGGGGUGCUCAACCAGGUGGAGGUGGUGGUCAACAAGGUGGAGGCAGUGGUCAACAAGGUGGAGAUGCGGGCCAAUCAAGUGGAGGUGGUGGUCAACAAGGUGGAUAUGGUGGACAAGGGGGUGCUCAACCAGGUGGAUGUGGAGGCAAACCAGGUGGAGGUUGUGACCAAUCUGGUGGAGGCAAUGGCCAACAAGGCGGUGCUCAAACAGGUAGUGGUGGUCAACAAGGUGGAGAUGUAGGCCAAUCAGGUGGAAGUGGCGGUCAACAUGGUGAUCAAUCUGGAGGUGCUCAACCUGGUGGUGAUGUAGGCCAACAUGGUGGAAGUGGGGAUCAACAAGGUGGACAACCUGGAGAAGGUGCUCAAUCUGGUGGAGAUGUUGGUCAAUCCGGUGGAAGUGGUGGUCAACAAGGUGGAUAUGGAGGUCAACCCAGUGAAGGUUGUGGACAACAUGGUGGCCACCCAAAUGGGUCUAACUGUGCUCUACCAGGUGGAGAUGUUGGUCAACAAGGUGGAAGCGGUGGUCAACAACAUACUGGCGGGGAUCAAUCAAGCGGAAAUGUAGGCAAACCACAUGAUGAUACUAGCCACCAAGGUGGAUAUGGAGGCCAACCAAAAUCUGGAGGGAAAGGUGGAUAUUAAAUCUUGGAAAAGAAAAUGAAUGAGGUUAAAAAUAUGUUAACUAGACAAUAAGAGGAUGUAUCAAGAUCGUGAUUGAACAUAGAACUAGACGCUGAAAGCUCAGCUUAAUCAUGCUCUAAUUUUAUGUAUGAAAUCAACGCGAUCUUUUACCCAUAACGAGUUUUUUUAAAAAAAUAAAUGAUCUUACAUAUUAAUAUCACAAUUAUUCUUAU